AUGGUAGAUUAUAUUUUCACGGCUUCAACAUUUGUUUCCGUUAUAUUAAUCUUGAUUCCUCUAGGAUUUCAUAUUCAGUUAAGAAAUUCAGGAGCAAUAUUGAUGACAGUGUGGAUAUCGAUAACAAAUUUUAUUUUGUUUGUGAACUCGAUUCUUUGGGCAGACGAUCUAGAAGAUAAAGCUCCUGCCUGGUGUUAUAUAACGCCGCCCAUUUAUGUAGCAGCCCAUUUGGGAUUAAUGGCUUCUAUUACCUGCAUGAUUUAUAAUUUAUAUAGCUAUGUGGAAUAUCCAACUAUCAUCACCGAGGUGUACAAAAGAAGGCAAAUAUACACUGAAUUAUUCAUAUCGAUAGUAAUGCCAGUUGUUCUUACUGCGUUAGGAUAUUUAGUAUUUAAAAACAAAUAUAGUAUAAGACCAAUAUUAGGCUGUUUCUUACAAGCUCAUAGUAGUUGGCUUUACAUUGUAUUACUUGGUAUUUGGCCUGUUAUAAUCUCUGGAAUUGGAUGUUAUUUGGCUGCAAGGACAUCUUACACUAUUUUAAAAAAGAGAUUAGAAAUUCAAGCGUUAUUAACAUAUUGUGAAUCAGGAUUAAAUGCAUCAAGAUUUUACCGAUUAGUGCUAUUUUGCAUUACAUUUUUAAUCCUAGCAUUCCCAGCAACAUUGCUUACAGCGUUAGGUAAUUUGAAUAAUGGUCUGCUUCCGUACGAUUUCUAUGAAGUACAUAAAAAUUGGAAUACAAUUACACGUUUUACUGCUGAAACAGGCGGCCUUUCAGUUUUGGAUUAUGCAAAACCUUUAACUGGAUUAUUUGUGUUUUUGUUCUUUGGGACCGGUCAAGAUGCUAUGAACAGUUAUCGUAAAUUUGGACUUUCAAUAAAAUUAGACAAAAUAUUCCCAUGUUGUUUCCGGGAAAGAACUAUAUCACCGACGGAUACUGCUUCGCCAAAUUCCAAAACUUAUAAUGAUGGACAUCGUACACCAUCAGAACAAGCAAAUUUUGAUUUAACAAUUAAUUCAUCAUAUAAUAAUACAAUAGUGGCAUCUACCCCAACAUCUUUUAGAUCACAUUUUUAUGAACGUAAUGAUGAUAAUCUAAAUCAUAUAGAUGAUUUAUUGGCAGUUUAUCCACCUGACAUAACAAUUUCAAGAAGUCAUAAUAGUAAUAUUGGUGAGGAAGAUUAUAAUAAUAACAAUGCAAAUUAUCAUAGAGAAUCCGGAACCGAUAAUCUACCGUAUUAA